UAGUUCCCAAUAAAACAAUGUACUUGAUAUCGCUAUUAUCAAUUGAUACAUCUAAAGUUUUAUACUAUACUAUAAUAUGUUAUACAGUUUUUGAACAAUGUAAAGAUAAAAAUAUGAAUUGAAGACUUCAUUUGACGGAUUUCUUACACAAGGUGUUUUAUGAAACAGGAAUUUAACUCAAUAUGGCUGAGCAGAUGACAGAGGAUCAGAUUGCCGAAUUCAAAGAGGCAUUUAGUUUGUUUGACAAGAAUGGUGAUGGCACGAUCUCCUCCAAGGAACUUGGAAUAGUAAUGAGAGCCUUGGGUCAGAAUCCCACGGAGGCGGAGCUUACCGAUAUGAUUAAUGAAGUAGACGCCGACGGAAAUGGUACAGUAGAUUUCCCAGAAUUCCUUACAAUGAUGUCCCGGAAGUUGAAAGACAUUGAAAGCGAGGACGAAUUACAAGAAGCUUUUAAGAUAUUUGAUAAGGACGGUAAUGGACUUAUAAGUGCCUCGGAACUUCGUCACGUGAUGACAAAUCUCGGAGAAAAGCUGAGUGACGAGGAAGUAGACGAGAUGAUACGAGAAGCUGACUUAGACGGAGACGGUCAAGUUAAUUAUGGAGAAUUUGUUCAGAUGAUGACUAGCAAAUAAAGAGGACUUGUUUCAUUUCAAAUUGUAAGUAGAAGUUGUUUUCCGAUGUUUUAUGAGAAUUAUUAUCAUCAUCUGAAAAACAUAAGUAAAAUGCCGAGAAGGGUAGCAAAAGUGCGAACAAAAUGGGUUAAUCCGUACAAAAUACCGAAAUGGGCAAAAAUGGCAGAAUCAUUAAGUGAAGAGCAGUUAAAUGAAUUUCGGGAAGCGUUCAGUUUGUUUGACAAAGAUGGAGAUGGAAAUAUUACCGCAGAUGAAUUAGGAACAGUGAUGCGGUCAUUGGGACUAAGGCCAACUGAUGAGGAACUUCGAAAAAUGAUGGCCGAACUAGACGUUGACAAGAGUGGAACGAUAGAUUUCCAGGAGUUUCUUACGAUGAUGGCAAAUAGGCUCAAAGAAAAUGAAGAGGACGGUGACAUCAAAGAAGCAUUUAGGGUCUUGGACAAACAGAAGCAUGGUGCAAUAGGAGCAGACGACUUGAAAAGUGUUAUGAGUAAACUGGGAGAAAACUUGACAGACGAGGAAGUCGCUGAAAUGAUUAAGGAGGCCGAUAUUGAUGGCGACGGACAGAUCAGUUUCGAAGAGUUUGUGCAGAUGAUGCAAAAUGCUGACUCACUGAGCGAAGAACAGAUUCACGAGUUUCGGGAAGCGUUUAGUUUAUUUGAUAAAGAUGGAGAUGGCACCAUAACAACGAAAGAGUUGGGCGUGGUCAUGAAGUCCCUUGGGCAAAGACCAACAGAGAAUGAGCUCAAAGACAUGAUUAACGAGGUUGAUUUAGAUGGAAAUGGUACAAUAGACUUCAAAGAAUUCCUGACGAUGAUGGCCAACAAGAUGAAGGAGGGGGACCAAGACGAGGAGCUGAGGGAGGCUUUUAGGGUGUUCGACAAGGAUGGAAAUGGGUCAAUAAGUGCAGCUGAACUGAAAUAUGUUAUGGCAAAUCUUGGAGAAAAACUCACUGAUGAUGAAGUAGAUGAGAUGAUUAAAGAAGCUGAUCUCGAUGGUGAUGGCCAAGUUAACUUUGAAGAAUUUGUAUAUAUGAUGCAGUCUAAUAAAUAACAGCAGUGAAUGACAGG